CUCCCGACGCCGGGGCUGGCGGACCAGCCGGCUGAGCUUUGGGCACCGCUCUGGGGGCGCACGAUUCAGGGGUGGGACCCAGGAAUCAAUCAGCCCACGGGCUCUGCUCUGACUUUCUCAGCAGUGGAAAGACGAGGGGGCAGCCGGAGCCAUGCAGUCGGAAUCGGGGAUCGUGGCGGAUUUUGAAGUCGGGGAGGAGUUUCACGAAGAGCCCAAGACCUAUUACGAACUCAAAAGUCAACCCCUCAAGAGCAGCAAUUCCGAGGAGCAUCCUGGGGCCUCCAAGCCUCCGAUAAGCUCCUCCAGUAUGACAUCACGCAUCUUGCUACGCCAGCAACUCAUGCGUGAGCAGAUGCAGGAGCAGGAGCGCAGGGAGCAGCAGCAGAAGCUGCAAGCGGCCCAGUUCAUGCAACAGAGAGUCCCCGUGAGUCAGACACCAGCCAUAAACGUCAGUGUGCCCACCACCCUUCCCUCUGCCGCCCAGGUGCCCAUGGAAGUCCUUAAGGUGCAGACCCACCUUGAAAACCCUACCAAGUACCACAUACAGCAAGCCCAAAGGCAGCAGGUAAAGCAGUACCUUUCUACCACUUUAGCAAAUAAACAUGCCAACCAAGUCCUGAGCUUGCCAUGUCCAAAUCAGCCUGGCGAUCAUGUCAUGCCACCAGUGCCGGGGAGCAGCGCACCCAACAGCCCCAUGGCUAUGCUUACACUUAACUCCAACUGUGAAAAAGAGGGAUUUUAUAAAUUUGAAGAGCAAAAUCGGGCGGAAAGUGAAUGCCCCAGUAUGAACACACAUUCACGUGCGUCAUGCAUGCAGAUGGAUGAUGUGAUCGAUGACAUCAUUAGUCUAGAAUCAAGUUAUAAUGAAGAAAUUCUGGGUUUGAUGGAUCCUGCCUUGCAAAUGGCAAAUACGUUACCUGUCUCUGGAAACUUGAUUGACCUUUAUGGAAACCAAAGUCUGCCCCCUCCAGGUAUUACCAUCAGCAAUUCCUGUCCAGCAAACCUUCCCAACAUUAAAAGGGAGCUCACAGCGUGUAUUUUUCCCACAGAGUCUGAAGCAAGAGCAUUGGCUAAAGAAAGGCAAAAAAAGGACAAUCACAACUUGAUUGAACGAAGAAGAAGAUUCAAUAUAAAUGACCGAAUUAAAGAACUAGGUACUUUGAUUCCCAAAUCAAAUGAUCCAGACAUGCGCUGGAACAAGGGAACCAUUUUAAAAGCCUCUGUAGACUAUAUCAGAAAGUUGCAACGAGAACAACAGCGUGCAAAAGAACUUGAAAACCGACAGAAGAAACUGGAGCAUGCCAAUCGGCAUUUGUUGCUCAGAAUUCAGGAACUUGAAAUGCAGGCUAGAGCGCAUGGACUUUCCCUCAUUCCCUCCACUGGUCUCUGCUCUCCAGAUCUGGUGAAUCGGCUCAUCAAGCAAGAACCAACCCUGGAGAACUGCAACCAGGACCUCCUUCAGCAUCAUGCAGAUCUGACUUGUACAACCACGCUGGAUCUCACUGAUGGCACCAUCUCCUUCCACAACAACCUCGGGACGGGGACUGAGAAUAACCAAGUCUACAGUGUUCCUCCCAAAAUGGGAUCCAAACUGGAAGACAUCCUCAUGGAUGAUACUCUUUCCCCUGUCGGAGUUACAGAUCCACUUCUGUCAUCAGUGUCCCCUGGAGCCUCCAAAACAAGCAGCCGGAGGAGCAGCAUGAGCAUGGAAGAAACGGAGCAUGCUUGUUAGCAAUCCUCCCUGCUCUGCACCAUCACAAACUGCUUCCUUUCUUGAUUAGUAGAUUUAAGAAUAUACCUGGAGGAUUUUUCCUUGAGAAUUUUCCUUUAAUAUGAAUUUUUUUCAUGCUUUAUCAAUAGCCCAAGAUAUAUUUUAUUUUUAGAAUUUUGUGAAACAAAACUUGUAUAUUCUAUUUUACAACUACAAAUGCCUCCAAAGUAUUGUACAAUGAAUGUACAGUAUCUGUGAACUGAAUUCACCCCAGACUUUAGCUUUCUGAGCAAGAGAAUUUUUGCAUCAGAGUGACCUCUGUCCCUUUUUAUUCAGGGGAAACUUGGUUUGAGAUUUUUAUGCCUGUGCUUUCCUUGAAAAUUAAAUGUAAAAUUUAAUUGAAAGAAUGUAAGGCAACAGAGAGAGUGAAAGAAAAAAAGACAACAGAGGGAGAAUGAAAGAAAGAAAAGAAAUCCUUGCAAUUUUAUUCUUGACUAUUUUGUAAAUGUAUUCAUUCAUCGGUACUGCCUUAAAGAUACAGUACCUAGCAUCAUUUACUCUUUGUACUGCAAACUAUUUAAAUACUAUAUUCAGUCAAAGAAAAAUAUAUGUAAAACCAUUUCUCUGAGGAUAGUCAUGUUAGAGAGCAGAACUUAUCCCUUACUUAGGUACAACUGAAAUUGAAGAGAGACAGACCAAGGCUCAGAA